GAUAGGGGCGGAUCUCACUACACCUCAGCAUACGGCAGAUCUGCGGGAUUAUAAACCCACACGUGCGUUUAAAUAGAGAGGGGCAGAUAUCUGCGUGGACUGGAGGAUGGACCUGCACCGCGGGAAUGUUUAACUGCUGCUCUGGAGCUGGAGGAGAAGCGGCGUCGCCAGAAAUGUGCAGCAGUGUGCAUCCGUGCGUCUGUCAGAGAGGAACCGGACACCGAACGACCAAAGACUGGACAUCUCUGUUUGGAUCAUGGCAGUGUCAUCUCUUCACGCGCUUGACUCCAGAAGACCUCUGGACCUUAUCUCUGUUUUAAACUAUUUGUGGAGUUUGUGACCUGCAAACCUGGAUUGUCGGAAAGUUGCCUCGCUGUUGACCUGUUUUUGGACCGUUUUUGUCAUUAUGUUGAGCUGACUGGGCAUCGCGCGCGUUUGCCGAAGGUUGCGGGUUUGACUCCCUCAUGACACCCACGUCCCCCUCUCUCUGGAUCCUAACGAAAACCAUUUCUGCUGGCUUUGGAUACUCUUCUUAUUCAUUUUUUCUCUUUCCCCCAAUGCGUCUGGAGUGAAUUUAGGAUGCUGUGUCUGUCUCCUCCAGUAACCUACAACCUGUUAUUCUGGUUUUUAAUUCUCCAAACACCACAUUUAACUGCACCUUUAAUCACCGGUACGGAGGCUAGCUGUGAGAACGAGGGAGAAGUGUUACACAUCCCCAACAUCACAGACAACCCCUGCAUCUCCUGCGUCUGUCUGAAUCAGAAAGCAGACUGUAAGCAGGAGAAGUGUUCUCCGCUGGCAGAGGACUGUGCGCUAGUGGUCAAACAGACAGGAGCCUGCUGUGAAAGAUGCAAAGGUUGUCAGCUAAAGGGCACGUCCUACAACAGUUCGCAUCACUGGAUCAGCCCCGUGAAGCCCUGUGUCACAUACAGCUGUCAGGAAGGUGUCCUCACUGAAGCAGAAGUGAGAUGUGUCGUUCACUGUAAGAAUCCCAAAAACCAUCCGAAGAAAUGCUGCCCAACUUGCCCUGGGUGUAUUUUCGAGGGGAAUUUAUAUAAAGAAGACGAAGAGUUUCAUCCUGAAGGGAAUCCCUGUAUUAAAUGCAUCUGCACUGGAGGGCAAAGCAUGUGUCAUAAAGUGGUGUGUCCCGUCCUGUCCUGCCCAUCUCAUCUCACACACACUCCACCGGGCCAGUGCUGUCCUAGAUGCCGUGGUCAGAGGAGGGUGUUUGACUUGUCGCCUGGCAGCUGUCUGUUCCACAGCGAGGUCUAUGAGAACGGUACGUCCAUUAGCCAUGACAACUGCACCACUUGCACAUGUGUGGACUCUACGGUGCUGUGCAGGAAGAGAUGCUCAGCGCCUGGCAGCUGUCAUGGCAGUGCGUGCUGUGAAGAGUGCCAGUCUCAUCUGAAGAUGGAAGAUGUGAAGUACUGCAGGGUGAAGAGCAAAAUCUAUAGGGAUGGUGACAGAUGGUCGUCUGCUAACUGUUCUCUGUGCACCUGUGUUAAGGGGAAUAUUGAAUGCCAGCCCAAGAUUUGUGUCCCUAUUACCAGCUGUCCCUCAAACAAGAUACUUAAUCGAACUGGAUGCUGUCCAGUUUGCACUGAUAAGCCAGGUGUGUGUACCGUAUUUGGAGACCCUCACUAUAACACUUUUGACGGCCGCACCUUUAACUUCCAGGGCACGUGUAAAUACGUGCUCACUAAGGACUGCUCCCCAGCGGCCAGUUUCAAGGUGCUGGUGAAGAACGAUGCCCGUCGCACACGCUCCUUCUCAUGGACCAAAUCAGUGGAGCUGCACACAUCAGGCCUGAGCAUCAGCCUUCACCAACACCUGACCGUCCGUCAAAACGGGACGCGCAUCGCUCUUCCCUUCCAUAGCACAGGGGUCCACAUUGACCUGGAUGGAUACCUGCUCAAACUCACCACCAUCGCCGGACUGGAGAUCACUUGGGACGGGGACAGUCUGGUGGAGGUGGUCGCAGCACCCCAUCUGAAGGCACAGCUCUGUGGACUGUGUGGAAACUACAACGGUCAAAGGCGGGACGACUCUCUUGGAGGAGAUGGCCAGAUUAAGUUUGACGUGGAUGAAUUUGCGGAGUCUUGGCGUGUGGAGGACAAUGAGGUGUGUCAGACACCGAACCGCAGGCCCACGUCCUUCAUCUGUCCCGGAACAGUCAAAGUAAAGCUGCGUGCACACAGAACGUGCCAAAAACUCAAGUCCUGGGAGUUUCAGAAGUGCCAUUCUGCUGUAGACUUUACCUCUUUCUACAAGUCAUGUGUAACAGACAUGUGCGAGUGUCCAGUGCAUAAGAACUGUUACUGUGAGUCAUUUAUAGCAUACAGUCGAGCGUGCGAGAGAGAGGGCGUUCAUGUGCACUGGAGACCGGAGCUCACCUGCAUGAGCACUCAUUGCAAACAUGGCGCGGUUUAUGACACAUGUGGACCUGGCUGCACUAAAACCUGCAAUAACUGGAACGAAAUCAGACCUUGUCAAAGGCCCUGUGUCGCUGGCUGCCACUGUCCGGCCAGCCUGGUCAUGUUUGAGGGUCACUGCGUUAAACCUACAUCCUGCCCCGGGCGAUGACCCACAGGACGCAUAUGAACUCAGAGGGCUGCGAGAGAUCCAAACACACAGAGGGAAAGAGAACUGGGCAUGCAAUUUUCCAAACAGGACUGUACAAUACUCAGAUACUGAGAGAGACACACACUGCUUCCCUCAGCAGUGAGACUCACAACUAGUUCCUUCGGCUUCUCUGUGAGGACUCAGGAUCUCACUGCUCAUUGUAGGUGGUGAAAACCAAAUCCUAAGUGCCUUACUGAAUGAGCUCAGAGUUACCAAAUUCCUGUUGCUUCAAUCAUAAAAAGGACCUGAACUGGACAUUAUGUGUGGGGUAUAUGGCAUACAAUAGUAUUAUACAUUUAUGGGGUCAGCCAGUAUUUAAUUCACAACAGCUUGACUGAAAGGGAAACUAUUUAUGUAUUUGUUGUUUAUUUUGUUAAGUCGGGGACUCAAAUGUGACUGUUAUAGCAUUAAAGAGAAGUGUACUGUAUUCGUUCAGCUAAGUGUUCAUACACCGAUGUGUGUAUGUGUUAUUAUAAAUGUACAUUUUACUUGACCCAUUAAGAUACUAUAUAUGACCAGUAUAAAGCUUAUAUACUUUUAAAGAGAAACGUGCUUAUUUCUGAAAAAGUGUUGUCUUCAGGAAGUGCAGUGAUGUUUGUGAAUACAACUCAGGUUCAGCGAUGUCCUGUGGUGAUUCAGGACUGGGACAUAGAAGGAAUUUGCAGCUAUGGCAAAGGAGCCCAUGAACUAAAGCCAAAAAAAUAUUAUAAUAUUAGUCAGGAAUUUUUCUGGUUAAAUAAAAAUGGACUUGUAGGGACUGUAAACUGAUGUAAGUUUUACAUUACUAACCUGAGUGUUAAGUGUGUUGUCCUGUAGUUCAGUCGUGAUCAUACAAGUGUUAUUUGUUUGAGCUACAUUAAAUCUGACUAAACACACACACGGGCACAGCCCUAAAAGAAAACAACAUUCUUUCCACAACUCUGAAAGACAUCUGAGAGAAAGAGCGUUAUCAAUCAACGUAAUGGAGUCGCUGACUCAUGAACAUUUUUUUUUUUUUCAACAAAGAUUUUGUGAAAUUUGAUGUUUGUGUAGUUUUGGUUGUAGAUUCUGUAGCUGAUUAUCAUCAGUUUAUACCUUCUUCAACAACUUUUGCCUUAUCUAUAGCAACAGAAAAAUUAUAAAUAUAUUGCGUCCUCCAUUUAUAUUGGCACCAUUGGUAAAUAUGAACAAAACAGGCUGUGAAUUCUUCCUUUCAUUUAAAAUUGUCAAAAAUAAAAUAUCAACUUCAAGUCAAAUUACAUGAAACAAUAAAUGUGGAACAAAUAUGUCCAUCCAUU